AUGCCCGCCGCCGGCGAGACUCCCACCGUUGCCACCCCCGCCGCCGCGAGCAUCAGCGCUGCCCCACCGACCCCACUUGCGCCUUCGCAAUGGUCCACCGCGGCUUCGUGCUCUUCCCCAAUGUCGACGAUCCCCAUCAUGAUGCCACUGUCGGAGGGUUCGACCCACCAUUACCGCCCAUGCUCGAGAGAGUCCAACUCGUCGUGCGAUUCGUUCAGCAGCAGCUUCGACGACUACGGCGUCGACGCCUUCUCCGAGAGCGGCUUCGGCGCGCUCGGCGCUACAACGACAACGAGCUUCGGUUUUGGCGGCGGAGCUAUGGCCAGCGGCGCAGGGGCCUCCGGUGCUGGCACCUCGGCCGCACUCGAACCUUGCGUCAACGGAUCCGGCUUCAUGGUCCGUACCCAUCUCGACGAUGCGCAUGAUUUCAUGAUCGAGGUCACGUGGUCCGAGCUCAUCAAUCUGCUCGUCGAUCGUGAGUGAUCUCUCGAAAACAUACCAGAUCGAACACAGUAGCCCUCGGCCUCGGCCACCGGAUGUCAUUGUGCACACCAAUAGCUGAUCCCGUGAAGCGCUCUUUCUUUCUUCAUCAGCUUCAAUCAGUCGCAACCUUGGUCCCGCGCAUCUCGUGUCCAAGAUCGUCACGUUCGUCCGAGGCAAGUUCAAGUCAAAAGAACUCUGGUUCGCGUUGAAAGCUGAUCUCCGACUUUCUACGCCGAACCACACAGCUGAGCUCGGUCACUCAGAUACAUCUUCAUCGCCCUUCCUGUACCAAGCCCGAGCAUCGGGUAUGCAGCCGAGCAUGCACGGUGAUUUGUCGUCGAUCAACUCGGUCGCCAACGAUAUGGAGUUGCUCGCCGUUCGCCCCCACGAUAUUUUCCCCACCAAUGUCGGGUCGACCGAAGACUUGAACCAAAGUAAGGAAGUGUUGGUGAAUUCCCUGCAUCCCUUGACCACGAGUAGUAGCUCUUACGUGGCCGAGGGCUAUGGCUCGGGCACCGAUGCUGGACUCGAAUCAUCUAGUUGGAGCAACCAAUCGAAGUGGCGCGGCCCCUCGAACGUUUAUCCCGGACCAGCCCACCCUAAGCAACACGAUAUUUCUAACACCGGUCAAUACGCCACGUCGUCGCAUCCAUACAGUGCCGGGCCCAACGAGUUGCUCGAACUCCCCACUUCUCGCCCUGGUCCGAGCUACCUUUCGAACGAGUUGCAAGGGAUGCAGCUGCAGCCGAGGUCGGGUCCCGCUCGACCCGAGCCUCGUUCUCGCCAUAGUAGCGACGCGCAUUCGAUGCAAAGGGCGAUGUACCGAGAUCAAGGCCGACCCUACUCGAGAUCGGGAUCGGGCUUGCCGACCUCGUUGCCUCCGUCGGGGGGCCACUCGAUCCGAUCGGCCAAGUCCGACAAGGGCGAGCACGAAGGAUCGCCAAGUCACCACGACCCGCGCCCUUUGCAACCUCUCAACGGGCGUACCGAACUAUACGUGUUUGACGACCUUUCGCAAACCGUCGCCCGCGUCAGCCACGGUGCGGAAGCGCUGUCCCCCGAAGCGGCCCUCAUCGAGUUUCCCCCUGGAUCCUGUGAGUGAUAUUCUGAGCUCUUAAACCAGUUUGAGGAUUCAUUGACAAAGUUAACCAUAUUUUAUGAUAGACCACCGCGUCUUUCACGAAGAUUUGGAGGUCCUCCCGUCGGAUAUUGGCCAUGGUCGCGCCGUUCUGUGGCUUAGGGGUCAAGUCUGUGUUGCCAAGUGUCGUUUCCGCCUCGAAGGCAAGGUCAGUCGACACAUGUCCAUAAGCUGGACUGGCAGGUAUAAAAUUGAUGCUAAUAACGAUUUUUUCAUCCUUUAAACAGCGACCUGCGGUCAUUCGAGCUCAUUUUGCGACCUGCAAGCUGCGCGAGGGCCUUUCGGUCGACCCGCUCGGUCGCUUGUGCCGACUGCAAGUCGAGGCUCGUCGAUGGGCGACGGAGCGCGAUCGCGAACGUCUCGCCACCAGUGCGGCUUCGAUUAGAUCUCUGCCGGACUCGUCAAACUGCGACUCCGAUGACUCUCGCUCGGUCCGAUCGGAGUACUCGGUCCAGAGCACGGGCUCGUCGGUGACUUCGUUCUCGGCCUCCCACCCUUCUACGCAGCCUACGGUGGUCAGUUGACUUGGGAGCAUUCCUCUAUCAGGUCCAACGAACGAGCGUUGGAUCAGGUAUGGUGACUGACCCUUCAAAAACUUUGCACAAAUCACAAAUCAUCUCAGCUCGGACCCGUUCGUCCAAUCCGUUCGCGACAGCACCCUGACGGACGUCCGCUCGCCAUCAUCGCCGGCGCCGGUAGCAAAGACGAUGGGGCCUAUGGGAGCGGAGACCGACCCAUGGUGAGCCCAAGGAUAUAGGGAAUGCAAUUCUUUUAAUGAUUUAGGCUCAUAUUCGCGGGAUUCCCUUGCGCUUAACGUUGCUAGGUAUUGGACGACGACGCCGCGGUCGGCUCGGAAGAAGGGGCGUAUGCGCUCGCGAGUGGGGGCACGGCGAACCACGGCGGUCACUGGACUGACCAAUGGCUGGACCAACAUGCCUCGAGCGAUGUUAUGAACGGGGAUGCACUUCGCACGGCGACGCUCCCGCGUGCUGGGGCUCAUCGCUCGACUCGGUCCAUGGCGCAAGCCGCCGCGGCCGGGACAGGGGGCGCUUCCUUCUUGUCGAUCGAGUGA